AUGGUACUGGUCGGUUUCGCGCAACCCACUCCACACUUGAGCACAUUUCUUGGUUUGGUACUUUAUCCCAAACCCUCCUCCCCCUCAUCUCAUCCCAAACCCUCCUCCCCCUCAUCUCAUCCCAACCCCUCCUCCCCCUCAUCUCAUCCCAAACCCUCCUCCCCCUCAUCUCAUCCCAACCCCUCCUCCCCCUCAUCUCAUCCCAAACCCUCCUCCCCCUCAUCUCAUCCCAACCCCUCCUCCCCCUCAUCUCAUCCCAAACCCUCCUCCCCCUCAUCUCAUCCCAACCCCUCCUCCCCCUCAUCUCAUCCCAAACCCUCCUCCCCCUCAUCUCAUCCCAACCCCUCCUCCCCCUCAUCUCAUCCCAAACCCUCCUCCCCCUCAUCUCAUCCCAAACCCUCCUCCCCCUCAUCUCAUCCCAACCCCUCCUCCCCCUCAUCUCAUCCCAAACCCUCCUCCCCCUCAUCUCAUCCCAACCCCUCCUCCCCCUCAUCUCAUCCCAAACCCUCCUCCCCCUCAUCUCAUCCCAACCCCUCCUCCCCCUCAUCUCAUCCCAAACCCUCCUCCCCCUCAUCUCAUCCCAACCCCUCCUCCCCCUCAUCUCAUCCCAAACCCUCCUCCCCCUCAUCUCAUCCCAACCCCUCCUCCCCCUCAUCUCAUCCCAAACCCUCCUCCCCCUCAUCUCAUCCCAACCCCUCCUCCCCCUCAUCUCAUCCCAAACCCUCCUCCCCCUCAUCUCAUCCCAACCCCUCCUCCCCUUCAUCUCAUCCCAAACCCUCCUCCCCCUCAUCUCAUCCCAACCCCUCCUUCCCGUCAUACUUCCCCAAACCUUCCUCCCCUUCCUCACCCCUGAAAUUCUUCUCCCCCUCAUCUCCCCCCAUCCCUCCCCCCCCCCCCCCCUCUCGCCCCGUCUCAAGGGCUGGAGGGGCCAACGGGGGAGGCUACCUGUUGAACAACUACGAGCCGUUCGCCAUCACAGUGGGGGCCAUCCUCCUCUGCGGUAUCCUCAACUCCUUCUCCAUCAAGUUCAUUGGUCGCCUGGCUGUCAUCAGCGCUGUUUAUCAGAUGGGACUGGCCAUAGUCAUUAUGAUUAUGCUGCCUGCAGUAGCGCCAGCACACCAGACGCCAUCCUUCAUCUUCACCCACUACCAUGUGCAGCUGGACGUGUCUCUGCUGCCCAGUGUGCUAUCACAAUACUCUCUCUACGCAUACGACACGGUGGCCCACAUGGUAGAGGAGACCAAGCGCUCUGACCGCACGUCCCCAGCCAGCAUGGUGCUCUGCCUCUCCGCUGUCAGCCUGCUCGCGUGGGGGCUGCUCUUGGCCUUCACCUUCUGCAUUCAGGGCGACGAGAAUCUUACCAGCCCGGGCAGUGUUACCGGAGGGCAGCAGAUCCUCGUCACCAUCAUCUGGGAGGUUUUUGUUGCUCGCUUUGGCAACGGCACAGGGGCAGUCGUUGUGCUCUCACUCAUCUACGUCCCCUUUGGCAACGGCACAGGGGCAGUCGUUGUGCUCUCUCUCAUCUACGUCCCCUUCCUCUUCCAUCCUCCCAUGCACCCCCCCUCUUGCUACCGUGUGUUCCUUUCCCCUCUUGUGCCUGUCUCCUGCAACAGAUUUGGCAAUGGCACAGGGGCGGUGGUGGUGCUCUCACUCAUCUACGUCGCUUUCCUCUUUGGUGCCUACGCCAUAUCGCGGGACAAGGGUCUGCCAUUCGCGUUCAUCUGGCGGCGGGUGAACCGAGACAAGACGCCCAUCUACUCCGUCUGGCUGUGCUGCGGAGUCGCCAUCCUCUUCUCCCUGCCUCUCCUCAAGGACUCCUUUCUCUUCUCAGCCAUCACCUCCCUCGCCACCGUCGCCUGGGUGGGGGGCUAUGCUGUACCCAUCUUCUUCCGCUUGAUUCAAAGGGAGGAGGACUUUGAACCCGGCCCCUUCUACCUCUCCAAAUACGUCGGCGUCUGGGGCAGGUGA